AUGGCAUCAGAAAAGGCGACUUACUCCCACGGACACCACGAGUCGGUGGUCAGAACUCAUGCGAGACGUACGGUCGAAAACUCGGCCAGCUUCCUCAUUCCACAUGUACAACCCCAUCACCACAUCCUGGACGUCGGGUGCGGACCGGGCUCAAUCACGACCGGCCUGGCAAAACUGGCCAGCGAAGGGCAAGUCAUCGGCUGCGAUGCAGUGCAGGAAGUCCUCGUCCAAGCCGAGAGUCUGGCAAGGGAGCAAAACGUCUCAAACGUCACUUUCCAGAAAGUUGACGCAAACGCUUUGCCAUUCGAGGACGCCACCUUCGACAUCACCUUCUGUCACCAAGUCUUGCAGCACGUGGGUGACCCCGUGGCGGUCUUGGAGGAAAUGCGGCGUGUCACGAAGCCGGGAGGAGUCGUUGCAGCACGAGAGGUAGAUUACAAAAGCUUUGCUUUCUAUCCGGAACUUGAGGCUCUGGAUCGCUGGCUGGCUGUGUAUCUUGAAGUUGCCAGAGUCAAUGGAGCACAACCGAACGCUGGCAGAUAUCUGAUGCAGUGGGCGAAGCAGGCCGGAUUCGAUACGAAGGUCGUGACUUUCUCUUGGGACACCUGGCUAUACCAACGGGACAACGCCAAAGACUAUGGAGCCGCAUGGGCCGACAGAAGUCGGUAUUCCGGGUUCGCCACGACGGCAAAGAAACAUGGCCUGGCCAGUGAUGCCGAGAUCGAUGAAAUCUCUAAAGCCUGGACGGAGUUGGCAUCGAGAGAUGAUUCGUUCGUAGUCAUUCCAAACGGACAGAUACUGUGUCCCACUUGA